AUGAAAUUGUUAUGGCACAGCCAGAAGAACAAAAAGGUUGAUAUUUCCGCUCCUUUCAACUUUCAGCACCAAAUUCAUGUUGAAGUUAACGAUGAUACGGGCGAGAUUUGCGGUUUGCCAAGAGUAAGUUUUGAGUUCUUUAUUGUAUCUUAAGUUUAGCAAUGGAAAUCAGUUUUCGCUUCAUCAAAGGACCAGCUUUACAAAAGAGGACGGCUCAUCGUUACGGAGCCCGUUCUACACAGAAACUUAUCUUCAAUAAGUAGGUUUUUAAGUGGUUGAGGAUGUGUUUUAGUUGGUUUUGCGCUAAGGGUAAAGAAUUUUUACAAACAGUUUAAAGAUAAUGUUGUUUUAGAUAAUUAGAGCUAAAGUGAGUAGAAAACCUUAAUAUUUCUAAAAGUACUGUAAUUUUAGCAAACUUAGUUUUAACAUCUAACGGUUACACAUCUCCAACUCGAUCUCAAAUCGUAUCUCACAGUCGAUCUCAACCUGAAUGUGCUGUUUUACCCUCAAAUUCGAAACAUACUAAUACCUCAGAUCCUACUGCCAAUGGAUUUAAACGUGCCCCGGUUACUCCUAAGGAAGUAAGUGUACAUUUUUUGAGCUGAUUUUGUAUUUUAGGUACGAAAGCAUCUCUUAACGAUAGUAAACAAUACCGAUCCUCGCAACGACCUGUGCAAUAUCAAGAUGUUGGGUCGAGGAUCUACUGGCACCGUAUCUCACGCUUACAUGUCAAGUAAAAGACGGAAUGUGGCAGUGAAAAGAAUGGUGAUUAAAACUCAACAACGACCAGAACUACUAAUAAACGAAGUCAAUGUGAUGAACAAGUGUGAGCAUAAGAAUAUCGUGCAAAUGAUUAGUGCUCAUGUUGUGGAUGAAGAACUGUGGAUUUUGAUGGAAGUGGCUACCGGCGGAAGUUUGACUAGCUUUUUGUCGCAGAAAAGGUAAGAAUGGCUAAAGGUAUUUGGUUUUAGAUAUAAAGGAUUAAAAUAGUCGAGAUAUCAAGUGUAAAAGGGUUAAUACUGUGAGGUUAGAAGCAUUUUUUGCUGCUUGGAACUCUUUCAGUUGCUAUAGUAACAAAUUAAUGGGCUAUUAAGGUGUAAUAUAGUGUCAAAAGUGUUGUCAACAUUAAAUUUUGAUAUUUUAUAUUGAAGAAAACACAAACAAUAAUAAAUAUUUAAUUGCAAAUGGACAAAAACACCAAAAAUUUACUUUAAUAUAUCUAAAAAUGUAAAUAUAGCUUAAAAAAUUUAAAAAAAAGUUAGUUUGAUCUUAAAUAACCUUGUUUUAGACUAACAGAAGUCUCAAUAGCAACGAUCUCUAAGCAAACACUAGGUGCAUUGUCGUAUCUCCAUGGAGUUGGAGUUAUUCAUCGUGAUCUCAAAUCAGAUUCCAUUUUAUUUACCCACGAUAGGAUUGUCAAAUUGAGCGAUUUUGGCUUUUCAUGCAUAUUAACAAAGGAAGUGUCGAGGAGAAAGUCACUGCUUGGUACUCCAUACUGGCUGGCUCCUGAGGUAUGUUGUAUGUUGUAGUAGGUCUUAUUUUUGAUAGGUUGUUUAACACGGCUUUGAAUUUUAUUAGUUUAAAUUGUUUUAGCUUUUAAAAGGUACGGCAUUGACUUUUGUUAAGAAAAAUUUUAAAAUUUUUGGUUUUAUUACCUAAAAUAUGAUGUUACAAGCAAACACACUUUUUCCUCAAAUUUGCGACAAUUUUUAUGAUAAAAACAGAAAAAGUGUAAAUUUAAGUUUUACUGCGCCAUAAACCUUUAGAUGUCACACAUAAAUGUAGCGUGUAAUGACCUGUAACAAGUGUUUGAGUACCCAAAGGUCGGAGCCAAGAUGUCGCGCGACCUUCAUGGUAAACCUUGGUUUAAAGUUGUAAUAAUCGUUUGAAACCAAAUCAAUUAGUUCGUGCUGCAAAUACAUGCUAAUACGAUUAUAAUGCGACUUUGGGUGCGAAAGUUUAGGCAUUAAACAUAGAAUAAUUAUAAAAACUUAGUAAAAUAUCAUGGAUAACAUAAGUUUUUAGGUGGCAUGCCGAGAGGAAUACAAUACUGCCAUUGAUAUCUGGUCCUAUGGUAUCACAGUGAUUGAAAUGGUAUGUGGAGAGCCGCCUUUCUACGAGGACGAGCCUGUUGUAGCUAUACAAAGGAUUAAGUCUUCUUCAUCACCUAAAAUACCAGAUGAUUUUAAGGUAGGCUUGGUUUGUGCUGAUAUUUAAAUUAGUUUUUGUUAUUUUUUACAUUAAGAUUUUCUUUAUAAGAUUAUAUUUUAUGUGUAAUAUGGGUUUUAAAUGGUUGUUUUGAUUAGGUUUUAAUAUAGUAGGUAUUCAGGCAGCUUUUAGUAAAUUUGUUUAUAAUGUACAGGUGUUAAAAGGCCUAAAAAUUGAUAAAAUGAUAAAAUAGUAGAUACAUAUUUAAAUGAACUUUACUUCAUUAACUUUUUCACCAUAAAGUUACUAUUCUCAGUAAGAAACCAUAGUGUACUGGCUCGUUUCCUGUGUAAUAUAUGAUUUUAUAAAAGUAGUAAGACUUUCUAAUUCUAAGGCAAUUGCAAAAUCCAGCAAAAUACUGCGUAAUUAACAGAGAACACAUACAAUCUCACAGACUUGCCGGAAAUGAACCUUUACAAAGAUUUCCACUGACAAUUUAAACUAUUACAACAUAAACUCUUUACUUUUCCAUACCCACAAAAGCAGCGGAAACAAAAAAGAGUAAACAAAUCUCGACUGUUUUUUACACAAAAAAAGUUACAACAUUGGUUUUAACACUUGUGGAAGGACAUUAUGGGUUUGAGUGAUUUUGCUGUUAUAUUGUAGUAGGAUGUGUUUAGGCUUACUAGGGAAUUGUACCAAGUAUCCCUAGGAUUUUAGAACGAGACUUAUAUAGGAUGAAAGAGCAGAAAAAGUUGCUAAGAAAAUGAUUUUCAAAAAUAGCUAAAUGGCCUUGACUAGCAAGUUAGAGUACGCUCAAUAUUCUUAUAUGGUUAAAGGUACAUAUUUGAAAUUUGAAAAAUGCUAUUUUUCACAAAUAUUUUAUUUUAGUUCCUAAAGGCAAAAGUCAUGACUAAAAAUAUUUUUUUCAACAAAUUAUUGUUUGACUAGCGAAAACACCUGUCAUAAUGACAAAAGGUCAAAAUGAAGUUGGUGGGGCUCGAACUUGCCGCCUUCUGCACGAAAGACUAAUUUCUUAACCACUCGAUCAAAAGGAACUUCAAUACAUUCCUCUUGCCGAGGAUGAAAGAGAAGGGUUACAGGGUUGCCCUAUGAAAAUUCUUUGGACGCUAAUAUCGCCAACAAGACUAUUUAGCAGUUUUUGAAAACAGUUUUCUCGUUCACUUUUUAUGCUCUUUCAUUCUAUAUAGGUCUUGUUCUGAAAGCCGAGGGAUGUCUGGUGCAAUUCCAGUAGUUGGGCUUUGCGGGCUGGGUGAUUCUAGUGGGUAUUGAUUUAGGUAUGGCUUCAUGAGCGAUACGGCUUAUAAAUUACGAAAAUAUUGAUAAAAGCUAGGUUUAAAUUGAAAACUUAAAGCAGUCUUCAAGACAUUUUAGGAUGUCACAAAAGUCUUGUUGUUUUUUAACCUAGUUUUUUAGGUUGAAAAACGACAUGACUUUUGUUACAUUUUAAAAUUAAUCUUAAUAGCUUUGUAUUUAUGAGUUAAAUGUAAUUUUUACUAUGAGAUUGUAUUCUCUUGUUAAUUUUAUUUAAAAAAUGUAAAUGCGACAAAACAUAAAAUACAAACUUCAAAAACAUACAAAAAUUACCCAGAAAACUUUUAGAUAUCGGAAGAAUUGACCGAUUUUCUGGCCCAAAUGCUCCGCAUCGACCCCUCCCAACGAUGGCACGCUCCCCAACUGCUUGAACACUCAUUCAUAGAAAAGGCUUUACAAGACCCAACACAAAUCGAAAUAUAA